UGCAUUUAUACUAGGUACACAUUCGUUGAUGGUUUCACUUUCCAAUAUCAUAUCUUCCCAGAUUCAAACACAUAUAUACAUAUUUCCAACUAUUUAAAAGAAAUACACCAUUAAGAAAUCUACAAUUGCCAUUAGGCUUACACAACUUCAAAAUGAGCGACAACGCAGCUAGCAACCCCAAGCGCUUGAGCGUCAUCAUCACCGGCGGGGCGAGCGGCCUCGGUCUGGUCAUGACGCGGCAUUUUGCGUCCCAAGGGCACAUCAUCACCAUAUUAGACGUCAACACCGCAGCAGGCCAUAAAGUAGUAACAGACCUAGCCUCGGAACACCCGCAUGCGACGGUAAACUUCAAGCGCUGCGACGUGACGUCGUGGGACAGCCAAGCUACCGCCUUCCGGGAGGUAUAUGAGAAGUACGGUGCUGUCCACAUCGUCAUGGCCAACGCCGGCAUCUCAGAGCAGGGCGCAAGUAGCCUGACGCUGGUCGACGAGGAGGAGCCCUCACAGCCUAGGUUACGGACACUGGAAGUAAACCUCACGGGAGUAAUUUACACCGUCAAACUUGCAACCCACUACAUCAAGAGGAACACGCCGGACCCCACAACGGGGUCGCGGGGUUCCAUAAUAUGCACGGCAUCCAACGCAGGUCUUUAUCCAUUCCCCGUAGCACCAUUAUACGCUGCUUCAAAAGCUGGUAUGAUCGGGCUAGUGAGGUCUUUGGGCAAGCCUCUCGAACACGUCCACAUCCAGAUCAAUGCGCUGGCACCAGCUGUACUCGAAUCCGGAAUCUCUCCAUCCAAAGCUCUAUUCGAGGAGAUGGUGGUCACGCCAAAGGAAACCCUGAUCAAGGGCAUUGCGCAACUGAUCGCGGACCCUAGCAUCCACGGCACUGUCGCCGAGAUUCACGGGGACCAGGUGACGCUACGGUCUCACCACGAGUAUGUCGACAAGGACACAGAACACAACCUCGAGACCUUCUGGAAACUCGGAUAUGCCUAAAGCGUAGUUUCCCUUUCUCGAUGUCUCGUGGCAAGGUCUGUAGUCAAGGAAUGGAAAGGGUCGGAAGCCGAAGUAGAAGUUAGUAACAGGGGCUGUAUUUAGAAACAGGACGGAUC